AUGCCCAUUGGACGUUUUGGUGAAUCUCGGCUCUCGGGCAUCGGGCGGAAGAGCGGCGAGCCGCAGCUCGUACCGGGCGGAGGCGAGCAUUUCGCGAGACAAAAAAGAAUUCGCGCACCGCUCCUCCUCGCGAGCGCAUGGGCGCUGGCGCCAGCGGCACUCGCCCGCGAGGCGCUUGUCGCCUACCGCGCCAGCGAGGAGUGCGUGGCGGCCGACAAGGUGCUCGCACGGGCGCUGCGAGGCGAGAGUUCAUUCACUGACGCCGAGCGGCGGGUGGCAGCUGACGUUUUCCUCGGGACCGCGACGCGGCUGCGGCGGUACGAGUGGAUCUGCGCCCAGCGCGGACUGUGCGGCGCCGCGAGCGACGCCACUGCGGUGGCGGCGGCGCUGCUCCGAGCGCGAGACGAGGACGACGGCGCUUACACAUGGCCGGCAGACGCAGACGAGAGGCUGAGCGCCAUGAGCGGCGCUCCGCUCUGGCUCUCCGCGCGUUGGCGGCGCGACCUCGGCGAAGCAGUCGCCGCCGCCGUCGCCGGCCAGUCGACGAGGCGCGGACCGGUCACGCUACGCGUGCGCGACGACGUCUCGAUCGGUGCGGUCGAGGAGGCGCUCGCGGCGGCAGGAGUGGUGACGGAGCGGCCGCCGGCGGGUGUCGGCAAUGGCGGCAAGAGCCUUGCGCUGGCGGCGCGAGCGAAAGAGCUGGCGCGAGCGACGGAGCUCUGGUGCCACGACGUGGACGUCGGCCGCCUCGCGCGGCUGCGCGCUCGAGCGAGGCGCGCGGGCGUGGUGGUGCGCUGCUCAGACGGCGAGUCGAUCCCCGACGCGGCCUUCGACCUCGUCCUCGUCGACGCUCCCUGCAGCGGCUCGGGCGUCCUGCGACGCUUGGGGCGGACGGUCACGCCCGCCGCUGCGCCGCCCGCCGCUGCCGCGCUCAAGUUCGUCAACGGGCCGAACGUCUCCAAUUCGACGGCGAUCUCGAACUCCGACAAUUGGACCGGUGCACCAGCCAGGCAGGCCGAAACGGAGCCGGCGGCGGACGACAGCUUCAAGCAGAAGAUGCUUCAGACGAGCGGCGCCUUCGACACGGACUGCGACCGAUGGCUGCACAACACGCACGCGCCAGACGAGGCAGCCCUGCGCGGCGAGGCCCUCCAGAAGCUCACGUGGCUCGAGGAGGCGCUGCGCCAGCACGGUGGCCCCUUUUUCCUUGGCGCAGAGCCGUCCAUCGUGGACGCCGCCUUUGUGGGCUUCCUGACCAACUACAAAUUCUUCAAAGGACUCGACGUCCACGAGGACGUCGCCUUCGAGCAGCGCAUCUACCCUCUGCGCCGGGCGGUGGCGGAGCCGUGCAUGCAGCUGCACCCGACGCGCCUGGGAGUGGGCGAGCCGUCAGACUGGCGGGCGGCGCUCCCCUCGCUGCCGCUUAGAGCAGCGCUGGCGUCACUGACGCCGGGGGAGGAGGCCGGCUAG